AUGGGAAAAUCUAAGGUCCUUGUUAAGGUCCAUCCUGAGGGGAAAUAUGUAGUUGACAUUGAUAAGAGCAUAGACAUCACAAAGAUUACCCCUUCAACAAGGGUUGCUUUACGUAAUGAUAGCUAUGUGCUCCACUUGAUCCUACCUAGUAAAGUUGAUCCGCUGGUGAAUCUUAUGAAAGUAGAAAAAGUUCCGGAUUCCACUUAUGACAUGAUUGGUGGUCUAGACCAGCAAAUUAAAGAGAUAAAAGAGGUGAUUGAACUUCCAAUCAAACAUCCUGAAUUGUUCGAGAGUCUGGGUAUUGCUCAACCUAAGGGAGUGUUGCUGUAUGGUCCUCCUGGCACGGGUAAGACUCUGCUUGCAAGGGCGGUGGCCCACCACACUGACUGCACAUUUAUCCGAGUUUCGGGCUCUGAAUUAGUUCAGAAGUACAUUGGAGAAGGCUCUCGGAUGGUAAGAGAACUUUUUGUGAUGGCCAGAGAACAUGCCCCAUCUAUAAUCUUCAUGGAUGAAAUUGAUAGCAUUGGAUCUGCUCGUAUGGAAUCUGGGAGUGGAAAUGGAGACAGUGAAGUUCAGAGAACUAUGCUGGAACUUCUCAACCAACUGGAUGGAUUUGAGGCAUCUAAUAAGAUAAAAGUCUUGAUGGCUACCAAUAGAAUUGACAUUCUGGAUCAAGCUCUUCUAAGGCCUGGAAGAAUUGAUAGGAAAAUCGAGUUCCCAAAUCCUAAUGAAGAUUCUCGGUUUGACAUAUUGAAGAUUCACUCGAGGAAAAUGAACUUAAUGAGAGGGAUUGAUCUCAAGAAGAUUGCUGAGAAGAUGAGUGGUGCAUCUGGUGCUGAAUUGAAGGCUGUUUGCACUGAAGCAGGCAUGUUUGCUCUGAGAGAGAGGAGGGUCCACGUUACUCAGGAGGACUUUGAGAUGGCCGUAGCAAAGGUUAUGAAGAAGGAAACUGAGAAAAACAUGUCUUUGAGAAAGCUUUGGAAGUAG